AUGACUCCGGAGCAAUGGGAAGUUGGUAUGCUUUCAACGCUCUUGGAUUAUUUCCAAUCUGGAACGGAUAUCUAUUUGAUAAACUCGCCACAAUUCGAAGAGAUCACUAUAUAUCUUUCAAUAUCAUCACCAAUAACAUUUAAGAUUAUAGCUCAAAAUCUAACGUACAUCCCUGAUGGUGAAUCAGACUCUACAUCGAACUCUUCUUCCAUAAAUCAGGUCUUUAUUGACGCUAAUUCUUCAAUUGCAACUAAUAAUUCAAGACAAAUUUACAUCAAUCCAUAUGUUCAGAGUGUUAAAUUAAAUGGCCAAACAUGGGAAAAAACUUGGUUUAGGCAUAGUGAUAUUUCAAAAGGUGCAGUAAUGGAAUUGCAAAUGGGACCAAAACCAAGUAAAGUUUGGGGUGUUGUUGAUGAGGAAAUUGAAAAGAAAAAAGGCGUAGAAGAUAGAGUAGUGCCACCUAGCAUGAGUGCUACAAGAUCAAAGUAG